AGAUAAAGCUGUGAUAAAUAGUAAAAGUCAAAGAAUAUCUUUUGUAUAAACUGAAAAUCUAGUAAAAUUUUUAUUUAAGUUGCUCUAAUAGUACCUAUAUAGCUAUCUGUGACUAGAGCUCUGUGCUAUAAACACAGAAAGUAUUAUCCAGUAAUAACUGUCAGAGAGGAAGUAAAGCAAGUAAAUUACUGUUUGAUAGAAUGCACCGGCCGCAGACUUCUUUAAUUCAAUAAAAGAAAUUAUAACAUAACUCUUGAUUAGAUUUGUACGUGCAGUUAUUAUAAAAUGACAGAUAUAACAAAUAAAACUGUUAAAGUGGUUGUUUUGGGCGAUAUCGGAAGGAGUCCGCGAAUGCAAUAUCAUGCAUUAUCCCUAGCCAAUAACGGGCUUAAUGUUAAUAUCAUUGGCUAUGUGGAAACAAAACCUUUGCCCGAUAUCCAAGAGAAAGCUAACAUAACUAUAACAAAGCUACAACCAUUGAAACUUGGCGGUCCUAAACUUGUUCAAUACUUUGCAAAAACACUCUGGCAAACAAUAAGCUUACUUUUAACGUUAUUUAUAACUGGGAAGUGUGACUACAUUUUGUGUCAGAACCCACCAGCGAUUCCUACAUUAUUUGUGUGCCGAUUUUACUGCUUGAUUACAAAAACUAAGUUUAUCAUUGAUUGGCACAACUAUGCAUAUUCAAUAAUGGCUUUGACAUUAAAUUCGAACCAUCCACUGCUCAAAGUAGCUACACAAUUGGAAAAAUGGUUUGGCCAGUCUUCUGACCACAAUCUUUGUGUAACAUAUGCAAUGAAGGAGGAUUUGGUAGAAAGAUGGGGCAUAGUUGCAACAGUACUAUAUGAUCGACCUCCACAAAUAUUUCAUCCAAUAACAAUACAAGAAAAACACCAAUGGUUUCUGAAAAUUGGCGAGCAAUAUAAGGAGUUUUUGGACAACAAUUAUAUACAUUCAGAGAUAAAAACGGCUUUCACAGAAACUGUUGGGGACAGCAUUGUAUUGAGACAAGACAGACCUGGCCUCUUGUUCAGCAGCACUAGCUGGACUCCUGAUGAAGAUUUUAGUGUAUUAUUGGAAGCCUUACAAGUAUAUGAAACAACACAUUCCCUAUCCAAAAAAUUGCCCAAACUCAUCUGUGUAAUUACUGGCAAGGGACCUAUGAAGGAAUAUUACAAGGAGCAGAUAGCAGCUCGCAACUGGAAGAAUGUUACAGUGAUCACCCCAUGGUUGGAGGCUAGAGACUAUCCAACGAUGGUAGCGAGUGCUGAUUUAGGAGUCUGUCUACAUACUAGCUCAUCUGGCUUGGAUCUGCCCAUGAAAGUGGUUGAUAUGUUUGGAGCUGGUCUGCCUGUCUGCGCUUGUGAAUUUAAAUGUAUAAAUGAAUUGGUGCAACAUGGCAUAAAUGGUUAUACAUUUAAAUCAAGUGACGAACUGUCUAAACAAAUAGUAACCUGGUUUGAAGGUUUUCCCAACAAUGUACAACAAAACAAACAAGCAGAAAAGAUGAGACAUGAAUUGACCAAGUUUCAAGAAUCAAGAUGGGAAGAUAAUUGGGAUUUGAGAGUUAAAAAAUUAUUUGAGUCAUGAGAUUAUAAAUAUCAUAACAUAGGGACCAAUAACUAAAUGUAUUUAAAUGUGUUUAAUAUAAUAAAACAAUUUAUUUUUAAA